AGUAUUUUUCUCACAAAAAUGUUUAUUUCUCAGAACAUACCAUCUUCCCACAGCACACCACUUAUCCCAAGACUGGUGGAUACAAUGGGAGGGGAUACACUGGGGCCACCAAAUGCAGCAGAAGGGCAGAAGAACUGGGGUGCAAAGAAAGCAGUGCAGAAUUGAGGGAAUGCUGACACAGGGGAGAUUUAAUGGGGGAGGGGGAGGGCAGAAAGGGAAGCUUUUGCAGUGCCUUAGAAUAUAUAGAAGAGCCAUCACAUCAGUUAUUUUUUUUCCAGUGACCAUAAUUAGCAUAUCCCCAACAGACACGCAAUCUCACAGAAAGGUUAUAAUUUUUAAAAUAUACCAGGUUUUUAGAGGGUUGCCCACCACUGUCAGACAACUCCACAGAUGGGAACAAUUUUAGUAGGGUCACGUCUAGCUUUUCAUUAUUCUGGGGGACUCUCCAUCACAUACGAUCCAGUUUGCAGCACAGAUUCUCUCCAACGGAUUAGCUCUGAUAGCAUCUCAGCGUUCUCUUAGGCUCCCAUCCUUAAGCUCUCAACCCUAUCAUCACCAUAAUUAAUUUCCAGACAUUCACAUUUCUUUCUUAACGUAGAGGGCCACACCAUGGCCUUUCCUGCUUUGCCUAUCUUUUUUUUCAAAAGUUGGUAACCAUUCAUCACAGCACUCCAACUGCAUGAGUCCUCCCAGCACAUUUCUGUGAUGGCCACUACAUAAUAGCUUUCUGACAGCACGAUGGCUUCCAGCUCCUUCUGUUUGUUACCUAUGCUGCAUGCAUUAGUGUAAAUGUACCUCAGCUGGGCCAACUUUUGAGUGGCAGAAGGCCUAACGCCUCUUGACCAUAUUCAGUUGUUUCCAUAGUAACCAACCUCACACUAACUCUUGUGUUGAUCGUGCAAAAAGGUGUGUGACUCUCCUCCUUCACCAGGACACAAGACUGUGGGAUCUUACCAGCACAUUCCUUUCCCACAAGAGCAGGCCUGUUACAUACUGGCUCAUUUCUAGUGACUCCAGUUUCACCCCCACACCUCUUCAUACCUAGUUCAAAGCUCUAUAAAUGAACCCCCUUUGCCUUGCCCCCCACAGGGGGGGGUUGAGGACUCAUUUUGGUUUGGGGCUGCCUAGAGGCAUUGUUGGGAUCUUGAGGAGGGUCCUGAAGUCUCUACCUUCCCCAACAUCAUCAGAGGCCUUAAUGCUGUUAUGACAAAGCCAGAGGCAGGGCUGUGGGGACAGGUGCAGCCUGGCAACGUCACGGGGCCCGUGUCCUGCUGUAGGGUGAGGUGGAGGCACAGCAGGACCUGCCCAAAGUACGCCCUGAAUAGCUCCAGGAGGGCAAUCCUGCCCUGCACAGGACCCCCCUGCCCCCCCCCCCCACUUUUUUCACACACUCGGGAACCCCAAAAAGAUAACGGGGUCAACUACAGCCCCCUACAGACCCACAAUUACCCCCAUAAGCGGGGGGGCUCAGAUCUGGGGGUACCUGAACCCCAACAGAAAUCCAAAAAGGGGGAGAAGCCACGGCUGGAGGGACGCUAAGAGCCCCAAACCCCCAGGGUGAACGAAGGGACCUCAAAGAGCAGCGCCGCCAAGCAUGGCGUUCCCAGCCCCACCGAGUGAUGGAGGUGUUCCACAACGGCCGCGAGCUCCGGAGGUCCCUGAAAACAAAAGCACCGCAUCGGGAUAUCCAAAAGAUGGACCGAGAACCCCUACUCCAAACAGAGACGCCCUCGCGCCCGGUAGGGCCAACGGACCCCGGUCAAAAGACGCGGCACAAGCAACGGGAGAAUGAAGGGGAAAAAAAACAACGCCGCCGGAAAGCAGCGCCGUUAACGACAACGCCGCCGGAAAGUGACGCCGUCUCCAUGGCAACGCGGCUGGCAGCGGCCUUCCUGAUUGGCUGAUCCGAGAGCCGCCCCUCCUCCUUCCCCCGACGGCGCCGCAGGGCAUGCCGGGAAGCGCGGUCCUUCCGCCGCCGCGCGGGGGUUGCCGGGAAGCGGUGCGGUUCUAUGGCGGAGCCGGCGCCCCCCGGGGGGCCGCAGCCCCGCGCCCGGCGCCUGGCGGCACUGCUGAACCGCAGCCUGCGGGUGCGCAUGUCGGAUGGGCGCACGCUGGUGGGAGCCUUCCUCUGCACCGACCGCGACGCCAACAUCAUCCUCGGCUCUGCGCAGGAAUUCCUCAAGGCUGCAGUAUCUGGGAUUUGUACUUCAGCACAAAAUGUGAAAUGUGAGCAGCUCAGUUCCAGGAGCGUUCCAACGCUGCGCAAUGAGCGCUGCCUCCAAAUGCGAAGUGGUUCCUACUGUUCCAGAGACCAAGCACUUCAGAAAUGAUGUAGGUACCUUGUAUACAGUUGGGCACCAAACCAAAAGUGGAGCCUUGUGUGGAUUUCACCAGCUGGGAUUUGGAGACUCCAAGAGCCUGGACUGAGGGUGCGCAAGGAAUAAGCUUAUA